AUGACCACGCCCCGCGUCUUCAUUGUGCGUCAUGGCGAGACGGAAUGGUCGUUGAAUGGCAGGCAUACGGGCACCUCCGACAUCCCCUUGACUCCAAAUGGGGAGAAGAGAAUCAUUGCCACUGGAAAGGCCUUGGUCGGGGACGAUCGAUUGAUUGUCCCGAAGAACUUGGCACACAUCUACGUCUCCCCAAGAACACGCGCCCAAAGAACCCUCGAACUCCUCUACCUAGGCUGCCGAGCCAAACUGCCAUGGCAAGAGAAGCGACCGGUCGGUGACGGAGACAUUAGGACUGAGGCCCAUGUUCAGAUCACAGAAGACAUUCGGGAAUGGGACUACGGAGAUUAUGAGGGUAUCACAAGUCCGCAGAUCAAAGAGAUGAGGAAGAAGGCGGGAUUGCCUCCUUGGGAUAUUUGGCGCGACGGAUGCCCGGGAGGAGAAUCCCCAGAGGAGGUCACCUACCGAUUGGACCGCCUCAUCAAAGAGAUUCGGGAAAAGUAUCAUGCCUCAGUCAUUGGCCAGCCGAAGUGCAAGACGCCACCCGGAGACGUCCUGCUAGUAGCCCACGGCCAUAUCUUGCGAGCUUUUGCGAUGCGGUGGGUAGGCAAAACGCUCCAGGACGGACCGACAUUCUUGCUUGAGGCUGGUGGCGUUGGGACUUUGAGCUACGAACAUCACAGCCUGGAUGAGCCAGCCAUACUGCUGGGUGGUAGCUUUAUGGUUGACGCCGUGGAGAUGGGAGAGGAAUUGGGGAAGAAGGAAGAAAUGAACCUUCUAGAGAAAAAUUGA